UGUUAUUAUUAAUUACAUAGAAACCGUUCCAGCGCAAUUUUAUCUUUGUAAAACGGCUAAGAAUAAGAUUUCUCUACCUGUAAUGUCACGAGAAUUUCGUUACCGAUAAUUCUAAUCUAGGAUUACUCAAUGAGUUUGAUAAUAUCCUUGGUGCGAAAAGACGAAUUCGAAAAAACCGUAUGCGUAUACUGAUAAUCAUGGUAAUGAUGUUCUGACUUGGCAGUCUGAAUAUUCAAAAGGGUAGAAUGCUGGCAUCUUAUAUCUAUGUAGGAACUUGUGCUUCAUCAAUUCAGUAAGCCUGUCAAUUAAAAAUGUGAGACAAGUGUCUAUAAAAGCGCAAAAAUUUGCCAACACAGAGCAGUACGAAUUUGACGUUCGUCGCACUUACAUAGAUGGUGUAAUUCUGGACUGUUCCUGUACUUGAGUUGCAAAUCUACAAUUUAAAAAGCGCAGAUAGGUGUAGAAUUAUAAUUAAAAAGCAACAUGACGACGGAAGCUUGUAUGUGGCCGAACGGCAAUACCUACCUCGACGACAUGUUCAACAUGAAAGAUCAAUCAAAUGUCGAUGCUGCCGAAGGGAUAAGCGAAGUAACCAACUUCUACGCCGGCUGCAAUGUUUUAAUCACGGGAGGUUCAGGCUUUCUCGGGAAACUUCUUCUGGAAAAAUUACUCAGAACAUGUCCGAAUAUGGGAAAGGUGUACAUGCUGUUGAGGGCCAAGAAGGGCAAGACACCUGCGCAGCGAUUGAAGGAACAAUUUAACGAUCUUUUGUACGAUCGACUGAGACACGAACAGCCGAAUUUCGCGAGCCAAGUUGUCAUAAUCGAAGGCGAUACCGGAGAGGAAGAUUUGGGCCUUUCCUCGGCGGAUCGCGAUUUGCUCGUUAAAAAUACUCACGUCGUUUUUCACGGAGCCGCCACAGUCCGCUUCGACGAAACUCUACGCAAGGCAAUCAACAUCAACGUUAGGGGCGUAAAGAUGAUGCUGUUGCUUGCCAAGGAAAUGAAUAAUCUCAAAGCUUUCGUGCACAUUUCUACUGCCUACGCACACUGCACUUUGGACUACAUCGAAGAAAAGUAUUACAAGCCGGCUAUGGACCCGAACGAAGCCAUAGCCAUGGUGGCAAAAUCGGAGGACGAAGCCUUGCAGCGAAUGGCUCCAAGAAUUAUCGGAGCCUGGCCGAACACGUACACGUUUUCGAAGUCUGUGGGCGAAGACGCGGUACGCAUGUACAGCCGUGGACUGCCGAUCAGCGUCGUAAGGCCGUCGAUCGUGUUGCCGACGAUAAAGGAUCCAGUUGUCGGUUGGAGCGAUAAUAUGUACGGAUCAACUGGUGCUGUUGUCGGUAUUUAUGUCAGCCUACUGCGAGUCUUCCACUGUGACCUUAAGAAUGUUGUAGAGCUGAUCCCUGCUGAUAUCGUUAUUAAUAACAUCAUCGUGGCUGCUUGGGAUACCAACAAGUUGUGGAAUCAGAAAAAGCUGGCAGUAGAACAACCAGUGGGACAAAGUGAUUUUUUAGACGUGACAACGCAGCCGCUGAUUUAUAACUGCGUGUCUUCGUGUCAGAAACCUUUGACUUGGGAUGAAUACCUGCAUGUGAAUCUUCGUUAUGCAGAUGAGGCACCGAGUCGAUUGACACUGUGGUACCGUGUAUUUAUACCCGUGAAAUACGAAUGGCUUUACAUUCUCGGCAAACUUUUCUUGCACCUGAUCCCGGCCAUCAUCGUCGACACUCUUGCAAGACUUACCGGUCGAAAACCGAGACUGUUAAAGAUUUAUCAAAAGGUCCACAAAUACUCCAGCGUAGUAUCGUACUACUGCAAUAGAGAGUGGAAAUUCAACAACGACAACGUCUUGAAAUUGUGGGAAAGAACCAGCCUUACCGAUCAAACAAAAUUUGACUUCAAUGUGGAAAAUUUCGAUUGGAGCGAGUAUUUUGUUAACUAUAUUCGCGGAAUACGUGUUUACGUACUCAAGGACCCGAUGACAACGUUAGACCAAGCGCGAGUCAAGUACAAAUUACUUACAGGACUUCAUUUCACCAUUGUCACAAUACUAUGCUGUCUUCUGGCUUGGUUAUUCACUUCGUUCGUGGGAAUAAGUUUAUUGUAGAAGCAUUAUUGUAGAAUAUUCUGAAUUAUUGAAGAUAAUUCACACGAUGAAAAGUUUAAACUUUUCAUCGUGUGUUUUUUACGUUUAAAAUAUAAUAUAUUUACUUUACAUUUUUUAUCACAUGAGGAUUUUGAUAACUAUACUUAACGUUAGCAAUAAUAGUUAAUUGUAAGUAUUGUUAUAUUAAAAUUUUAUAAAUAAAUAUGUAUUGAUGAGAACAUUUUUCUUGCCGCAUCCACGUGAAACCUCUUCAUUUAAAAUUCCGUCGAUCGUAAAUGUAAGCUUCUCGAAACCUAUGCGCUACUUAUUUACUGUUUCAAGAACAGUCAAUGAAAUUAUAAUUUAGCUUGCUCAAUUUUUGAUUUUGUACUCAUAAAAUUUUUCCCUCGGUUCUUUUUUGUUAGAUUCCUACUUUAUCUUCGGCGAUUGACUAACCUUAUUGUCAAACAAGCAUGGCCGUACCUAUCUAUAUAUGUAUAGUUAAUAGCAGACGUGCGUACAAAUUUGUAAACAAGGGACCAUGCUGUCCGCAAAGCAGUCCGGAAAAUCGUGGAAAGAAGUGAACAGAGAGUUCAAGGAGCGUCGAAAAAAGUGGCGAGAAGAGCGUCUGGUGAAAAAGGCUCGGCUCGAGGAGGAAAAGAAAAAUGAACAAAGCCUCGAAAAGGCUAUUGCAGAGGAAAAUACUUUUGAGGUUAGGAAAGUGUCGACAGUGAGCAUCGCUGUGCCCGGUUCGAUUUUGGAUAACGCACAAUCCCACGAACUGAGGACGUACGUAGCCGGACAAAUAGCUAGAGCUGCUUGCAUUUACAAAGUCGACGAAGUCAUUGUGUUCGAUGACAAAGGGGAGAUCACGGAAGACGAGAAGAAGAAGUUGAGAAGGGACGAAGUUUUGGGUGAGGCCAGGCCGGGAUGCCUUCAACUCGCAAGAAUUCUGCAGUACCUUGAGUGUCCGCAGUACUUGAGGAAGUACUUUUUUCCGAUACACAAAGAUUUGCAGUACGCUGGACUUCUCAAUCCCUUGGAUGCACCUCAUCAUCUUAGACAGCAGGAUGCGAGUUUGUACAGAGAAGGAGUCGUUAGUAAUAAGCCCCUAAAGGUUGGAAAAGGAUCACUGAUCAAUGUUGGACUUCUCACUGAUGUUAGAGUUGACAAAGUUCUUACAAGUGGCUUGAGAGUUACUGUCAAGAUACCGGAAUCACAGGAGAAUCCUAAAAAGCCAAAAGGUAUAAUUGUACCUCCGUCAUUGCCUAGAGCAGAUACUGGAAUAUACUGGGGAUACAGUGUUAAGCUAGCUUCUAGUCUCUCUGAUAUAUUUGCAAAGUGUCCAUAUCCUGGAGGCUAUGAUGUCUCUAUCGGAACAUCAGAUAAAGGAACUUCUGUUGAUGACAUAGCUCCAAAAAGUCUGAAGUACAAACAUGCCUUAAUUGUGUUUGGUGGUUUGGCUGGAAUAGAAGAAGCUAUUGAAGCUGAUUCUAAUCUUGAUAUUGAUGAUGCCUCGCUAGUUUUCAACAUGUACCUGAACACGUGCCCACAACAAGGUUCAAGGACAAUUAGAACAGAGGAAGCUAUUUUAUUGACACUCGCGGAAUUGAGAAAUAAACUAGAUCCAGAGUUUCCUCCUUUGGAUAAUCCACAAUUCCCUCAAGAACAACACGAGGAUUCUAAAUCCAAUAAUGGAGUGAAUUCCAAAUCUAAUAAUGAAGUUGGAACUUCAGAAUCGGAUGGUUCUGAAUAAUUUUAAGAAUAAUUAUAAGAAUAUGACUUUAAUAAAAC